AUGGAAAGUCACGGCUCAUUCUACAAGCCGCAUUCAAGCAACAAACGAAUUCUAUUCGCCUACAAGACAGUGUCCAAACUAACGGCUCCGAAGCCUGCAAAUUCCACACUUUUCAAAUACAUCCAAGGCGCAUGCCAUAAGGAGAGGUGA